AUGAGUAGGCCUCAGGUGUUGCUCGUCGCACUGGCUGUUCUCGCCGUCCUCGCAACUCUGCCACUCCGCAAAGGAAGCGAGGAGGAGGAAGGAGGCGCGGCGUUCGCCAUGGACACAAACGCGAGGGCGUGGCCGUGCUGCGACAAGUGCGGCCUGUGCCUCCUGAUGUACCCGCCGCAGUGCAAUUGCAUGGACUUCUCGGAGCGCGGGUGCCACCCGGCGUGCAGGAAAUGCGUCAGGUACACUGCCGACGGCAGCAGCAUCAGCCAGGAACCGCCCGUCUACCGGUACGCCGACUUGCUCACCAACUUCUGCCAGCGCCGCUGCACGCCUGCGACUGUUGUUGCAUAA